AUGUCCGGUCAUGGCGAUCACCACGGCCACGGCCAUGACUUGGAACGGCCCCUGAUGGAUGGCCACAGCCAUGGGCACGACGAUCAUGGCCAUGGCCACGGCGACGACGGACAUGGCCACAGCCACUCUAGCCAUGGCCACGGUGACGAAGGACAUGGCCACAGCCACUCUGUGGAGACGUCAAAAUCCGACUAUCUCGAUGAUGAGCAGCGUCUGCAAAGAGCCGUGUUCUGGGCUCUGUCGUUUAUGCUGGUGGAGAUCAUCGGUGGGUUGAUGGCCAAUUCUUUGGCCGUCCUUACGGAUGCAGCACACAUGCUGUCCGAUGUCGGUGGCUUCAUCGUGUCGCUGGUUGCCUUACAGCUUUCCAGAAUGGAAGCAACGAAGGAGUACACGUUCGGCUACAAGCAGGCAGAAGUUCUGGGUGCGCUGUUGUCAGUGGCCCUUGUUUGGGCCCUUACAGCAGUGCUGCUGUCGGAGGCAUUGCCAAGAUUUUUCAGGCCGGAACCAGUCAACGGGAAACUGAUGUUUGUCGUUGCCACGAUCGGCUUGGUUGUGAACCUGGUAUUGAUGCAGGUGUUGGGGCACGGGCACUCGCACGAUGGUGGCCACGGGCAUUCCCAUGACGAUGACAGCGUUGCCGUGCAAGCCGCCCUGGCUCACGUCAUAGGCGACAUUGUUCAAUCGCUGGGGGUUUGCGUGGCAGCUUUGUGCAUCUGGUUGGAACCAUUCGAUAUUGGUUCGACUCCAACUGCAGCUGGACAGGUCAGCAACUGGAUUUAUGUGACCCGGCUGAAUCAUGCUGCUCUGCACAUUUGGUUGUGA